AUGGCUGCUAAGUCCCCGGACGAGGCCGCCGCGGCGGACCAGGAGUCCGAGGACGACCUGAGCGCCUCGCGCACGUCGCUGGAGCGCCAGGCCCCGCACCGCGGCAACACCAUGGUGCACGUGUGCUGGCACCGCAACACCAGCGUGUCCAUGGUGGACUUCAGCGUCGCCGUGGAGAAUCAGCUGUCCGGGACUCUGCUGAGGAAGUUCAAGAACAGCAGUGGGUGGCAGAAGCUGUGGGUGGUGUUCACGAACUUCUGCCUGUUCUUCUACAAGUCUCCCCAGGACACGCACCCCCUGGCCAGCCUCCCUCUGCUCGGCUACUCGCUGACCAUUCCCUCGGAGUCGGAGGACAUCCACAAGGACUACGUGUUCAAGCUGCAUUUCAAGUCCCACGUGUACUACUUCAGGGCUGAAAGCGAAUAUACAUUUGAAAGGUGGAUGGAGGUGAUCCGCAGUGCGACGAGCUCCGCCUCCCGCGCCCACAUCCCGAGUCACAAAGAGUCUCACGUCUACUGAGGGCAGGACACGAGUGUCGCGGGGCUCGGCCGUGGCUGCGUCCCUGGGAGACCCUGCGUGUGCCCUGUAUUAAUGAAGCCUAGUAAAAUUAACACCCGUCUGGAACCCCAGAGCGUGGUCGUACAGCAGCUCUCCUCGGUCUCCACGACACCGCGUUUACCCUUGUCUCUCCGAGCGGAACGGUGCUCCCGGGGGGGAGGGGGGGGCUCCGCGUCUGUCGUCCUCCCGGUGGGCUGUCUCCAGCUCGUGCCGGUAUUAAAGCCUUGUCACUAAGAGAGCGCCACAUGACCGUUUUUCUUCCGCAGCUGCACCUUAAAAGCAGUACGACCAUAUCCGUUCAGCCGAAAGACAGGGCAAGUGUCUUAAAAAAAAAAAAAAAACUUUUAUUUUGAUUUCUAGGCUGGUGCGUUUUAAAAAAAAAAAAAAAAAAGAUUUUCCAAUGUUUGUGAUACACGUGGCAGAGUCUUAAGCAAAUGAGAUCAUUUUCAGAUUUCGGUUUUUCAAUCUUUCUACUUUUAUAAUAAUAGCAGGUUAGUAGGACGUACUUCUUUGAUCACCAUAAGCAGUCUGCAGCUCACUGCGUGCGUUCCCCUCGGGGCACCAGGCUCCGCCGAGACGCUGCUCCCGGCGCGAGCGGACCCGCGAGCGGACCAACCCGUCUCCGUGACUCCUCUUUACGAAGCGUGGCGGGCUGUCGUCCGUGCGGAGCAGCGAUCGGCACGGGGCCCGCGCUGCCGCCGUCCUAGGAGCGGUGUGUGCGGUGGGAGAGCUCAGCUGUGCUGUUUGUGGUCUGUCUCCCAAGCAUGAGGACCUGGGUGUCAGUGACCAGGGCCAUUUGUGGUCUGUGACGCUCAGAGGGUCUCUGUGAGCUGCCCCCAUGCUCGUACCCGUAUCCCGCGACUGGGGUUGGGGACUGCACAUUCGGUAGUAGUAUAUAUCGUGCCCGUCUUCAAGAACAUUCUUUUCUCCUGUUUGUACUCAUCCCCCCUCCCCCCCAGGCAUGGGGUCAUCAACAGUGACCUUGCGCAUCCGUGACAGUCGGACUACACAGGGAACAGGGCUCCAGGACCUGCUGGGCCCACUAGUCAAAAUCCGUUUGCCUCUUCUCUGCGGAGAUCGGGUGGCUGCUAGUCCCUAGUGUCCUUAAACCCCUUCUGACACAGUCCGGAGGGGGCGGCCCCCGGCACCUGCACCCCAGCCCCGCGGCCCGGCGCGGCGGAGCCGGACCUGGACCCACGGACGAGGAGCUCGAGAUGUGUUCGUUAUCAUUUGCCUUACGACGUGUACCAGAUGGUUUCAAGUACUAACAAAAGGGAAUAAAAAUACCUCACGCCACAAUCCAGCAUAUUGAAGUUUUAAGGCAAAACAUCA